CCUUCCGACACCAAAUUAUAUUCACUCACUUUCUUCUCCGAUCUUCUCACUCCUCUCUCACUCUUCAAUGCCUCACCAUUAAUUCACUCUCCAACCAAACCCAAAUCAAAUGGACCGGGAUUCCUCCGACGAUUCGGAAGACGACCGCGAAUCGCUAAUCAACCAAAACGACAGAAAACCCAACUCAAACGACAACAAUUACCACCACCCACCACCACCCACCUCCUCCCCUCACCGGAGAUCCCCCCCUUCCACCACCUUUCACAUUGAGGAACUGGGUUCUUACGGCAGUCUAAUCCGUCGCCGUUUUUGUCGCAAAAGGUUUUACUUUUACAUGUUAGCCAUUUUUAUACCGUUAUUCCUCAUUGUUAUUUAUUUCUCAGCUGAUAUGAAGAGUUUUUUCUCUUAUAAUCUGUCCGGUUUUAAAUUCGAUUCGGGUUCGAAUCGUAUGAGAGAAGCUGAAUUACAGUCCAUUUACUUACUUAACCAACAAAGACUCAGUCUUUUAUCACUGUUGAAUCAGUCUAGUGUAAAUUCAUUUGAUAAUGUAGUAAAAAUUCAAGAUUUCAGAUCUGCCCUUUUGAAGCAGAUUACUUUGAAUAAACAGAUUGAGCAGGUUUUGUUGUCUCCUCAUAGUAAUGAGACUGUAUCCGGGUCCUUUUCGGGUUCCGGGUUUGGUUACGGGACGUGUAAGAAGGUGGAUUCGGUAUUUUCGAAUAGGAAGACUAUUGAAUGGAAGCCGAAAUCAGAUAAGUUUUUGUUUCCAAUUUGCUUAUCUGGGCAGAUGAGUAAUCAUUUGAUUUGUUUGGAGAAACAUAUGUUUUUCGCGGCGUUGUUGAAUCGGGUUUUGGUUAUCCCGAGUUCUAAAUUUGAUUAUCAGUUCAAUAGGGUGUUGGAUAUUGAGCAUAUAAAUGAGUGUGUAGGAAGGAAGGUGGUUGUUACAUUUGAAGAGUUUUUGCAAAUGAGGAAGAAUCAUGUGCAUAUUGAUAGGUUUAUAUGUUACUUUUCGGAGCCUACUACGUGCUAUAUUGAUGAAGAUCACGUUAAGAAAUUAAAGGGGUUGGGGAUAUCGAUGGGGAAGCUUGAGUCUCCUUGGAAGGAAGAUAUUAAGAAACCUAGUAAAAAGACAGUUCAGGAUGUUCUUAGUAAGUUUACUUCUGAUGAUGGUGUUAUUGCUAUUGGAGAUGUGUUUUAUGCUGAUUUGGAGCAGGAGUGGGUGAUGCAACCUGGUGGUCCUCUUGCACACAAAUGCAAGACUUUGAUCGAACCGAGUAGGCUUAUAUUGCUUACUGCACAGCGAUUUAUCCAAACAUUCUUGGGGAAAAACUUCAUUGCGCUACAUUUCCGUCGGCAUGGCUUUUUGAAGUUCUGCAAUGCUAAAAAUCCAAGUUGCUUUUACCCCAUUCCUCAAGCAGCAGAAUGCAUUGCACGGGUGGCUGAAAGGGCCAAUUCACCUGUCAUUUAUCUUUCCACUGAUGCAGCAGAUAGUGAAACUGAUUUGCUGCAGUCACUAAUUGUGGUGAAUGGGAAAAUUGUGCCACUUGUCAAACGCCCUUCUCAUACUUCAGUCGAAAAAUGGGAUUCUUUGUUAUCUAGACAUGGUAUUGAGGAUGAUCCUCAGGUGGAUGCCAUGCUUGACAAGACAAUCUGCGCCAUGGCUAAUGUCUUUAUUGGAGCUUCUGGUUCCACUUUCACCGAGGAUAUUUUGCGGCUGCGGAAGGACUGGGAAUCUGCCUCUUUAUGUGAUGAGUAUCUUUGCCAAGGUGAACUGCCGAAUUUCAUUGCAGAGAACGAAUGAAGAUGCAUAGAACUAAUUGAGUUUGUUUUUCUGCCACGGACCAUCACUUCUCGUGGUAGUCCAGCUUUCGAUGUGGUUUACCGUGAAUUGUCAUUAGCAGGAUCUGAUUCUGAUUCUUUGUCCAGAGAAUAUAAGCUACUUGUAUGUUGUUACUGUAUGAUAGAUAGAAUAGUAGCAUUGUAGUCUGCACAUAAGUUUUUUUGUCUUGUUCCGAUCAUUUUUGUAAUGCACAUGAUGUCAAAAUACAGCAACUAAUAAAACUGUUUCUUCUCUCCC